AUGACCGAAACGCUCACAGCCAACAAGCCGGCAACGACCCUCCUCCGGCUGGCCUCCGGCAACGGCCCCGUCACACGUACCGUCCUGACAACCCCCCUUCGCGAUGCCCUCCCCUCUGAGAUACCCAUCAUCGACAUAUCCGGAGCCUUCAGCGACGCCCUCGCCGACCGCGAAGUCGUGGCGCAGCAGAUCCGCGCCGCCGCCACGACCUCGGGCUUCUUCUACAUCGCCAACCACAACAUCCCCGCCUCGGUGACCGACUCGGCCAAGGCCGCCUGCCUCGCCUUUUUCCGCCAGCCGCUCGAGGCCAAGAUGCAAGCCCACGUCGGCCAGUCGCGCUACUUCAACGGCUACAAGCCGCCGGGCUCGCAGCGCAUCAACAAGUCCGAGUCGGUCGACGCCCGCGAGACCUUCAGCUGGACCUACGACCCGCGCUUCGACCCCGCGGCCCCGCCCGUCGAGGCCAUCCCGCCCGUGGCCCGCCGCUUCCUGCGCAUGGAGGACUUCCACUGGGACGCCGUGCGCGCCGCCUCGCCCGGGUUCCAGGACGCCGUCGUGCGCUACUGGCGCGCCUGCCUCGCGCUGGCCCGCGUGCUCGUGCGGUGCUUUGCCCUGUCGCUCGCGCUGCCCGAGGACUACUUUGACGCCAAGUUCGCCUUUCCCGAUGCCGCGCUCGCGCUGAACUACUACCCGUCCCUGCCCGAGUCGGCGGCGCAGGGGCCCUCGGCCUCCGCGAACGGGGGCGACGUCCCGGCCGAGGUCUCGAUCGGCUCGCACACGGAUUUUCAGCUGUUCACCAUGCUGUGGCAGGAUGACGUCGGCGGGCUGCAGGUGCUCAACCGCGACGGGCAGUGGAUCCGCGCGUCGCCGGUGCCGGGCACCUUUGUCGUCAACAUUGCCGACUACCUGCAGCGCAUCACCAAUGACCUGUACGUGAGCACGGUCCAUCGGGCUGUGAACCGCAGCGGCAGGGAGAGGAUCAGCAUGCCCUUCUUUUUCGGCUUCGGGCUGCAUGAGAGUUGUGCUGUCAUCAAGAGCUGUCUGAAGGACGGGGAGGUGCCGAGAUAUGAGGAGAUUGGAUGUGACGCGUGGGUGAAGAAGAGGGCCCAGGCCAUGCACAAGACGGAUUCAGAUGACGAAGAGGCAAACUGA